AUGUCCCGGAUCCACCUGCGCAUGUGUGGCUACGUGGUCACCCUAGCGCUGCACCUAACUAACGGGUUGUAUAUGAGGAGUUUCCAUACAAAAGAGUUGUUGGAGGACCCGGAGAUUCGCACUUUUGUCGGCGUCCAGUGGAGAUACAUCACUACGUGGACUUUUCUAUUUCAAAUGGUGUACGCCCUAAUCGGACUGACGUGUGAUUGGUUGACAUUGAAGAACUCCUCAAAUAAGAAAUACAAAGUGCCAAGUUUCUUGACCAACAUGAGGGACACCCUGUAUUCCGGUAUCAUUUGGCCGGCAACUUUUCAAGUGGCAACCCUAUUCUGGCCAUUCUACCUUUACAACGUGCAACUAGUAUACCCCGUUUUCAUAGACAGGGUUGUCACUCGUCUGUCCAACCAUAUAAUGCACAGCUUUAUAGUACCUAUAGCUGUGUGGGAGAUGUUCAUGAGACCGCAGAAAAAGCCGCCGAGCAAAGCGAAGAUUGUUAGUGUACUGGUGGCUUAUACUGUGGCUUAUUGGGUUGUGGUUAAGGUCAAAAUAGAAGGCAAGAACAUUAACUCUGAAGCCGGCAUGUUAGACCUGGGCAUACCACAAGGCUCUGCGCUUGGAAAUACCCUGUUUCUAAUAUUCGUAAACGACCUUCCUACCUCUGUUGCCGAAGGCAUGACGGUACUGUUUGCUGACGACACAACCGUGGUGGUGAAGGCGCAUCGCAUACAUUCUUACAGCUAUGUAUUAGAACUGACAAGUAUAGGGCGAUUCUCAGAGAUGACGUUCGGUGCCUGA